AGAAAAAAGAAAAGAAAAGAAAUGGGUGAAAAGUGCAAUGGCAGCAUGAACUGAGAGUAGGAGUGUGCAAAUCUGUGAUGAGCUAUAAUAGUUGAAUGUUAAUUCUUUAGGAGGCAGAAGCAAAUGGCAUUGCCUAAUCCGAAUCCGAUACCAACUCUUCAAGUUCUUCCUUCUUCUCCCUCUUCUUCCUGUUUCUGUCUCAAUUACAUAAACCAUCUCCACAACAGAGAUCAAAAACAUGCUUUUCCUUUGGGUUUUUCCAAUACAAGAAUCGCCAUUUCUGUUUCAAGGGUUUUUGGGAACGCUGAUUUCACAAUCACCCAGUCCAUUUUUAACGCCGCUGAUACUCGCAUUGUCGAUAAUGUUCCUGCUCGUACUUCCACCACCACCACCACCACCGCCUUCGUUGAAAUUCCCGUCAGUUGUUACCAGCUGCUUGGUGUUCCUGAUCAAUCAGAGAAAGAUGAGAUUGUUAAGGCAGUGAUGCAAUUGAAAAGUGCUGACAUAGAGGAAGGUUAUACUAUGGAUGCUGUUAUAUCUCGUAAGGAGCUUCUAAUGGACGUAAGAGACAAACUUCUUUUUGAGCCUGAAUACGCUGGGAAUGUGAAAGAGAAGAUCCCACCUAAAUCUUCUCUUCGAAUUCCAUGGGCUUGGUUGCCUGGUGCUCUUUGCUUACUUCAAGAGUCUGGAGAAGACAAGUUAGUGCUGGAUAUUGGCCGGGAAGCUCUCCAAUGUCCUGAUUCUAAGCCAUAUGUUCAUGAUUUACUUCUAUCUAUGGCAUUAGCAGAGUGUGCAAUUGCAAAGAGUGGCUUUGAGAAGAAUAAAGUGUCCCGAGGAUUUGAAGCUCUUGCUCGGGCUCAGUGUCUUCUUAGGAGUAAAAUAUCUCUUGGCAAGAUGGCAUUGCUAUCUGAGAUAGAAGAAUCUCUGGAGGAGCUUGCACCUGCUUGCACAUUGGAAUUAUUAGGCAUGCCACACUCUCCUGACAAUGCUGAACGCAGACGAGGAGCUAUUGCAGCCUUGCGCGAGUUGCUAAGGCAGGGACUUGAUGUGGAAACAUCGUGCAGGGUUCAAGACUGGCCAUGCUUUCUGAGCCAAGCUCUUCAUAGGCUCAUGGCUACAGAAAUAGUUGAUCUCAUUCCUUGGGAUGAUCUAGCCCUUGUUCGCAAGAAUAAAAAAUCAAUUGAAUCACAGAACCAAAGGAUUGUUAUCGACUUCAACUGUUUCUAUGUUGCACUAAUUGCUCAUGUUGCUGUUGGUUUUUCAAGCAAGCAAAAGGAGUUGAUCAGCAAAGCAAAACUUAUAAGUGAAUGUUUGAUGACAUCAGAAGGGAUUGAUCUGAAAUUUGAGGAAGCUCUCUGCUCGUUUCUUCUUGGCCAGGGUACUGAGGCCCAGGCUGUUGAAAAGCUGCAUCAGCUAGAAUUGAACUCCAAUCCGGCUUCACGAAGUUUACUUCCAGGGAAGGAUACAAAAGAUGUCUCUGAUGUAAAACUAUCAUUGGAAACAUGGCUAAAGGAUGCUGUGCUUGUUGUCUUUCCAGAUACUAGAGAUUGCUCUCCAUCUAUGGUUAAGUUUUUUGGUGAUGAAAAGAGGACUUCAGGAAGCAAGAGAAGUAAUGAAAAGAGGAUAUCUCAACAAAUCAAUCCUGCUCUAGACCACAGACUGGUGUCUGAUAUUGCAAUGAAACGAAUGGAUCAUGUCGAGUCUUUUUCAAAUAUGAACUCCACCCAACAUCUUGGGACUGCUGUUAAGCAGUUAGCUGCAACUGAUUUGCGAAGCUCAUUGUUACCAGGGAAGAAUGAUAGUGGAGGCAAUGUUAGUGAACCAUCUGUUCAAUUUGAAAGAAAUCUUAGUGCAGUUCACAGUAUAAGUUGGGGAAGUUGGUUGGCCCAAAGCAAUUUGAUUGGAAAGAUAACUUUUGUAGCUGUACUGGGAUGCUUUGCACUUUUUAGCUUUAAGCUGUCUUGUAUGAAUUUAAGAAAGAUAAGGAUUGCAUCUAAAUUUGCCUCCAGCAAACCUAGAACAAGCAACAGUUCCCUUGUUUAUACGACAGAUCCCUCUCUUGAUUGCAAUGCUGGGACUGCUUAUAUUAGGGAGAGUAGCGUUACCAGGAGGAUCAAGAAGCUCUUGGGAAUGGUUAAGAUGCAGUUUCAGAAAGAGUCAGAUCUUAGAAAAUACAAGAACACAGAGCUUGCUGCUAAUUUGGCACCACGCACAUUAUCUAGGAAGCAGAUGCCUGCUGAAGAAGCUGAAGCACUUGUUAAGCAAUGGCAAGCAAUUAAAGCUGAAGCUCUCGGGCCCAACCAUGAAAUCCAUAGCCUCUCCAAAGUCCUUGAUGAGUCGAUGCUGGCUCAGUGGCAAGCUUUGGCCAAUGAAGCAAAAGCCAGACCUUGUUAUUGGAGAUUUGUUUUGCUGCAAUUGUCUGUGCUGCGAGCUGACAUUUUUUCAGAUGGAUAUGGUGUGGAACUCGCAGAAAUUGAAGCUGUCCUUGAGGAAGCAGCUGAGCUUGUUGAUGAAUCUCAGCAAAAGAACCCAAACUAUUAUAGCAUCUAUAAAAUUCAUUACGUUCUUAAAAGGCAAGAAGAUGGAUCAUGGAAGUUUUGCAAUGGUGAUAUUAAGCCGCCGUCAUGAUAAUUGAGCCCUGUUGUGGAAAGCAUAGCCAGCAACGAUUACUAAUGUUAUUCUAACAUGUUUUUUCCAUCCCCAGUUUUCACACAGGUAGACCUACAGUAUUGUAAAUUUAUAGGGUGACAAUGAUUCUUUUUAAUGUAGUGGUAGAUCAAAUGAAUAGUAUGAUUCUGUUUGCUGCAAAAAGGGGUUGUAAUGGAUGCUUACCAAGAAAAUUGAAGUUUAAUUCAGAAAGCUUCCAUGACCGGGUCGAGAAUUUCCUUUCAAGUAUCUGUUUGCUUGUGCAGUAUCUUGAUCUGAUGACAUUUGGAGAAUACAAAUGAAAAAGAAUGAUUACAGGAGAUGGAUGAAGCUUGAUUAUGAAACAUACCUGAAUUGUCUAGAUGAAUUUUUAAAUUUGAAGUCUGAAUAUGUCUAAUGUGGGAAGAGUAAUGCUGAUAAUCAAGUUUAAAGAUUCCAGACGCUUGGCCUCAUUGGUUCAAGAAAAUAAAUUUGUUUGUGAAAAAUAAUUUCAGAAGAAAAUAUUCUGGAAACUGAUUUUCUGUUCUGGAGAUAUUGAAAUUUAUAGCAGGAUAUUGGAAAUUA